UUAUAAUUGCUCUAUAGUCAAAGAGGUUUUUCUCAAACAAAUGAUCUCAAAACACACAUGAGAACUCAUACAGGAGAGAAACCAUAUACUUGCUCUAUAUGUCAAAGAGGUUUUUCUCAGCAAAGUGAUCUCAAAAUACACAUGAGAACUCAUACCGGAGAGAAACCAUAUACUUGCUCUAUAUGUCAAAAGAGUUUUUCUCAACCAAGUCAUUACAAAACUCACAUGAGAACUCAUACAGGAGAGAAACCUUAUACUUGCUCUGUAUGUCAAAGAAGUUUUUCUGUAUCAGGUGCUCUCACAAAACACAUGAGAACUCAUACAGGAGAGAAACCAUAUACCUGCUCUAUAUGUGAAAGAAGUUUUUCUCGAUCAGGUGCUCUCACAAAACACAUGAGAACUCAUACAGGAGAGAAACCUUAUACCUGUUCUGUAUGUCAAAGGAGUUUUUCUGAAUCAGGACAUCUCACAAAACACAUAAGAACUCACACAGGAGAGUAACCACAUACUUGUUCUAUAUGUCAAAGGUUUUCUUGUCAAAGUUAUCUCAAAACACAUGAAAAUUCAUACAGGAUAGAAACAGUUCACUUGUUUUGUAUGUCAAAGAAGAUUUUCUGCUUCAAAUUUUCUCAAAACACACGAGAAUUCCUACUAGACAGAAACUGUAUACUUGAUCUUUGUCCAAGUAGUUUUUUAAUUCUGAAAUUCUCAAAGGACACUUUGGACAUCAUUGUAGAGAGAGGACAUUCUCCAGUCCUAAUGUAAAAAAUGUUGGACAAUUUCAAAUACUUUGAGAUUACUCAUGGAAAUUUAUAAUAUUUAAGAGGGCAAUUAAAUGUGCUGAAUGUCAAAAAGGUUUUUAGCACCCCACUGCUCUCAGACUCUUAUGAGAACCCAUAUUAGAGAAAAGCCAUUCAUGCAUCAUGACUGCCCGAUGAGAUGUUUUGAAUCACGUUGUCCCAAAAGGUGUGGGGAAACUCAUACAAGAAAGAAGUCAUUAAACAUCAAUGAAAAUUAGAUGCAGUUUUAUUUUAUUACUUUUUGAUAUGUCCUUGUUUUUAAUCUACAACGAAUAUGAUUUAACAUUAGUAAAUCCUAAUGCGUUAUAUUAGUUAAUUAGACACACUGGACUUACUGUAUUCUGUUUGACCUUGCUUUGUAAAUGACUGAAGUACUGUAAUACUUUAUUCUGUUUAAGAUAACCCGUCUGAAGUGUUGAGCCAGUACUUCAUUGUAAAUGACUAAAAUACUGUAUUACUGUAUAUUCAAAAAUAACCAGUCAGAAGUGCUGAGCAACGAAUUGCUUUGUAAAUGACUGAAGUAUUGCUAUAUAUUCUGUUUUAAUCUAACCAGUCAGAAAUGGUUAGCUAGGACUUGCUUUGUAAAUGACUAAAGUACUAUAUUAUUCUGAUUAGAUUAAACCUCUUCUUUUAGUUU